CCGAGGCGGACAUCUGACAGGGCCACGUGACGUGGAGGCGGACAUCUGACACGGCCACGUGACGUGAAGGCGGACAUUUGACACGGCCACGUGACGCUGAGCGGACAUCUGACAGCGCCACGUGGCGGUGUCGCGCACUGCCGCCCACGCACUGCCUCGUGACGCGGAUGUGCGGACGUCUCACACAAGGUGUUGCGCAGACCAGACGUGGGGGAGAGCGUAAGAAGUGACGGCGCCUUGAAGAAGAGAUUUUGCUGCUGGGUCUGUAAGGACGAGUGGAGCUUUACAGAUCAGCUCUUUGAAUAAGAACGAGAUCUGGAGUGUUCAAUGAUCUGUUCUUCUGCAGGCAGUGUUGAAAAUCUGCAGGCUUGAUGUGCUAGCUGUGGGAUCACCAGUAAUGGAGGGUGGGUCUGAAGCACCUGCGAGAGAAGGGUCAAGCAGUACAGCGGUGCUCGCUUCAGAGAUGGCAGAAGAGACCAACGACAAUGCAAAAGGGGAGGAGAAUGAGAAUGGAGGGGGAGGGGUGGAAGAAGUAGAGCCAGAGACUGACUUAAAGAGCUUGCAACCUCCGCUCAUGAGGGAAGAUCAAGUGCAAAAUGCAGUGAAUUUCUUGUCGCAUCCAAAAGUGCGAGGGUCUCCAGUGAAGUUCAGGAGAGCCUUCCUAGAAAGGAAGGGCCUCUCUCAGGGUGAAAUUGAUGAGGCAUUCCGCAGGGUUCCGGACUCGUCGCCGUCCAUGGAGGCCAAGGGGAAUGACGCAUCUGGAUUGUCAUCAAAGGCAGGCGGUGAGUCUGUGCAGUCAGAGUCAGUGGGUGGUGGUCAAACUUCCGCGCCGACAGCAUGGAAGAGGCCUUCUUCGCAGUCACGUGCACAGACUGGGCAACAACCUACCUCUGUGCCACGUCAGUCCACAUCGGGAAGUUUGUCUCGCCACGUUGAUGGAAGACAGCAGAAUGCGGUGACGCAAUUGCUGGAAGAUCCCGGGUCAGCGCGGUUUUUGCAGAAGUACCCGCCUCUUUCACAGAGUCUUCUGGUUCCUCCAAGGAGAGGCUUUCGGUGGACGCAGAUGGUCCUGGCUCUUGGAGUGCUGGCUGCUGCUGGGGCUGGAACAGCUGUUGUUGCGAGGAAUUACUUCCUGCCGCGGCUCAAGUCCUGGAUACGACACAUCGCUUCCAAUGACAGUGACAAUGAUGGAGAGUCUGAUCAGAACAGGCAGAAGACAAAAAAGCCAAGCGUGAUUGAGGAGGCAGCCACUGCUGCAGCUGCAGCAGCCUCUGCUGUAACCGUGAUGGCAAAAGAGAUGGCCACAUCAAGAACAGAAGAGCAGAAACAUCGGGAUGCCCUCCUUCGGGCAAUUGAAUUGCAAAGAGAAGACUUAUCUGCAGCGAUGACGAGCCUGAAGGAUAUGGUGAAGACCUACAACAGUGUGCAAGCAUCUGCUGCUGAGCAAACCAGUGGAGUGGAUGGGUCCCUGACGGUUAAGGACUUGAGGAAGGAGCUGCUUACAUUUGCAUCAGUCAUGCGAGAUGUUACACCAGGUCAAUCACAAGACGUGCUGCGCCCAGAUGGUCAAGGAACUCGAUCACCCCCUGUCUAUGCAGGUGGUAAUCGAGGCCCACGACCUGAUUCUCCAGCAGGCUCAUCAGUGAGGCAAGAUGUGAUCAGGGGGGACAGACAAGGUUCUUUAUCACCACCUCUGUAUUCUGUUCGCCAGGAGAGCCCUUCAGAUUCGCCGGUGCGCCAGGCAUCGAGUUCUGUGGGAGGCAAGGUGGAGUGGGUUUCUGUAUGACACGGGAGUCGUCCAAGGAAGAAUAGGGAGGCCCGGAGAGAGACACUGUCUGUAAUUUGCAGGGAUCUGAUCAAGUGAUAAUUUGCGGCUGUGGGCUGAUGACUUUUACUGCCCAAUGCCAAGUUUUUGGGGAUGUUUCAUUAGUACAAAAGCAAAAUGAGUCUGUUGUGAGUACAUAGUAGAGAGAGCACCACGGAGGAUAAUAUUGGGUUGAGGAGCCGGUCAACUCGUCGUUGCAGUUUUUGGAGCGCGUUAGUUGACGGUGCACGCUUGCAAUGGGAUUUGUCACCUCAAAGCUUAUGUUUUGAAAUAACUUUAGAAAUAUCCUUGGCGAUCAGAGUACCAGAAGGCACAGGCACACGGGAACGUGUCGUUUUCAAAUUCCGGUUUGCUUAUGGCUCUUAUCUCCGGUUAUCCGAAUUAAGGGCAAGAUUUUACUCUUCCGUCUAAAUUGUUUUGAGCCAUUUGGUGAGCUUCCCAGCUGCAUUUUGAAGCUGGCUUUGCUAGGAGUCAAGAAUUCUCGAGAAACUACUUUGGACAUGUGUGGAUGAUGCCAUGAAUAGGCAGUCAUUUGCUCCCAUCUCACUGCGUUGUUGUAUAUUGUCAUAUGGAUCUCCAGGCUGUGGUGUGUGUUUUCACUGUUUUGCUUGCUGUCUAUUGUUGAUUCGAAUAGGCACCGUUCGAAUGAGCGUUCGCUUGCUCUAUGCCUUGGGCAGACCACUGGGAGAGAUCUACCUGAUUUUCUUGUAGCCUCUUGGUUAAGCCUGCCUCCUGCGCAUCGCUUAUCCUCUGCUGAGCUGUUUCUGCCUCCUUUAUUCUCGGCAUCGGGAAGUAGAAUGGGAUGCAUUCAUGAUGUCAAGGGAAGGGUCAUUUCUGGGGCGGUUGCUUGAAUGAACAGGCCAUAUUCUAUUGUAAAUCGUAACAGAGACGUAGCGAGUUCUGAGAUGUGGACCAUAUGGUUGCCUCAAAUUCCUCAAUCAUUGUUUUGCCCCUUCCAGGGUUGAUGUGGCAGUUUUUAGAAGGCAGCCUUGGUUGCUGAAUCAAGUUCUUCACUACCCUCUCAAAAUCAAAACUGCUGAUGGUU